AUGCUCAUCAAGGGUAUCCGGAGCUUCAGCCCGGAGAAUCAGGCAGUAAUCACGUUUUUCAAGCCGCUCACGCUCAUCGUCGGCCCCAAUGGAGCCGGAAAAACCACCAUUAUAGAGUGCUUGAAAUGCGCGACCACGGGAGAGCUCCCGCCCAACGCUCGUUCUGGCCACUCCUUCAUCCACGACCCCAAGGUGGCGCAUAUAACGGAGACCAAGGGGCAGAUCAAGCUGCGGUUCCGCACGGCAGCAGGCAAGGACGUGGUGAGCGUGCGCAACUUCUCGCUCACACAGAAGACCAGCAAGAUGGAGUUCAAAGCCAUUGAGAGCGUGCUGCAGACCAUCAACAGCACCACAGGCGAGCGUGUGUCGCUGAGCUACCGCUGUGCGGACAUGGAUCGGGAGAUCCCGCUGCUGAUGGGCGUGCCCAAGGCGGUGCUUGAGAACGUCAUAUUCGUGCACCAGGACGACGCCAACUGGCCCCUCGCUGAGCCCGCGCUGCUCAAGAAGAAGUUUGACGACAUCUUUUCCGCUACUAAGUACACUAAGGCGCUGGAGGCACUGAAGAAGGUACACAAGGAGCAGGCGCAGCUUAUAAAGGAGAUGAAGCUCAAGGCGGAGAACCUCAGGAACAUUCUCGACACGUCCUUGCGGCUACAGGAGGGCAUAAAGGCAGACUCGGGCCAGUCAGAGCGCCUGGUGGCGCAGAUUGAGAGGCUGGAGGGGCAGAUUGCGGAGCGGCGGGCGCGGCAGGGCGAGGUGGAGAGCGGUUUGGCUCGGUUGAGACAGCUGAAGGCGGACUUGCAGACACAGGAGGGGCGGCUGGAGCUGCUGUCACGGCAGAAGGUGCAGCAGCGCGCGAACAUCAUGUCAGACAAUGAUGAGUCGGAUGAGAAACUCGAGGAGUGGCGGCGCGAGUUUGAGGGCGUGGUGGCGAAGCUGGAGGGCAGCCUGGCGAAAACCUCACGGGAGCUGAGUGAGCUGCGCAUCCAGCAGGAGGCAGAGAGGGAGAGCAGCGAGCGAGACAAGCAGCUGGUCAGCCGGCUGCAAGUGGAGAAAGAGGUGCACGAGAGGGACUGCAACGAGCGCGACAGGUGCCUGCAGGAGCUGUUUAGCAAGCACGACCUGGGAGACAUAGGCCCCGUGCCCCUGGCGAGCAAUCAGGCGGUGCAGCUGGGCUCGCGCGCAGCUCGCAGGCUGACACAGCUGCAGGAGCAGUGGGACGAGAUGAAGCGCGGGCAGCAGGAGGAGGAGCGGCGGCGGGGGGCGGAGAUUGAGGCUGCUGGGGGGGAGAUUGUGAAGGCGGAGGGGCAGCUGCAGAUGGCGCAGGAGAGAAAGAGGAGCAGCGAGGCGAGGAGGCAGCAGGUGAAGGAAGCGAUGGAGAGAAGCAGUGUGGACGAGGACGGCAUGGCACGGCUGGAGCGAGAGGAGAAGAAGGCGAAAGCAGAGGCGGACAGACUCGCAACCAAGCUACGCGACCCGACACUGCUCUCCAAGUUGGAGGAUGCCAAAACGGACCUGAGCCGCCAGGAGCAGCGGCUCAAGGCCCUGCAGCGGGAGAAGGACAGCCUUGCAGCGGAGAGCAGCGAGAGGGUGACGCUGAGGCUGAAGCAGGAGGCGGUCAGGGACAAGGAGGCUCAGCUGAAGAAGCUGCUGGCGGAGAACAAGCGGCGGAUAGAGGAGGUGUUGGGCGGAGAGAUGCCUUCAGACACAAGCAAGCUGGUUCGGGAGGUUGAAAAGGCGAUCAGGGCACAGCGAGUGGUGUAUGAGGAGGCAGAUGUGAAAGCCAAGGAGGCAGGCAACGAGGCAGCAGUGCAGCAGCAGCGACUGGACCAUGCACGGAGCGAACUCAACAAGUAUAGCAACGAGAUGGAUACCAAGCGAGUCCUCAUUCAGACGCGUCUGAGCAAGGCAGUGGACCCAUCUCUCGCUGUGGACGAUUUGGACAGAGUACGAGGGGAGAAGAGAACCGCGCUGGAGGAAGCUAUCGGGACGUACGAGACGUUUGUGAAAAUGAAGCAGUUUGUGGCACAGUUUGAGCUACGGGCUCAGCGCAACCACUGCUGCCCCACGUGUGAUAGAGGCUUUACCCCAGCAGAGGAGGAACAAUUUGUGAAGAAAAUCAGGGCCAUGAACAGAGAUACUGGGAAUAAGGAGGCGGAGUAUAAGCGGCAGCGGGAGGGGCUUGCGCAGCAGCUGGGGAUUCUGGAUGACCUGCUUCCUGUUUAUAACGAGUACAGGAAAUUGGUGGAUGAUCUGGUGCCACGUGCCAGGGUGGUAGUGGGCCACGUGGAAGAAGCUCAGAGCAAGGCCCAGGAGAACCAUGAGACUUUCCCUCCCUCAGUACCCUCCCUCAGUUCCCGCCCUCAGUUCCCUCCCUCAAUUCCCUCCCUCAGUUCCCUCCCUCAGUUCCCUCCCUCAGUUCCCGCCCUCAGUUCCCGCCCUCAGUUCCCUCCCUCAGUUCCCUCCCUCAGUUCCCUCCCUCAGUUCCCUCCCCCAGUUCCCUCAGUUCCCGCCCUCAGUUCCCGCCCUCAGUUCCCUCCCUCAGUUCCCUCCCUCAGUUCCCUCCCUCAGUUCCCUCCCUCAGUUCCCUCCCUCAGUUCCCUCCUCCCUCAGUUCCCUCCUCCCUCAGUUCCCUCCCUCAGUUCCCGCCCUCAGUUCCCUCCCUCACUUUUCGCCCUCAGUUCCCUCCCUCAGUUCCCUCCCUCAGUUCCCUCCCUCAGUUCCCUCCCUCAGUUCCCUCCCUCAGUUCCCUCCCUCAGUUCCCUCCCUCAGUUCCCGCCCUCAGUUCCCUCCGUCAGUUCCCUCCGUCAGUUCCCUCCCUCAGUUCCCUCCUCCCUCAUUGCCCUCCUCCCUCAGUUCCCUCCCUCAGUUCCCGCCCUCAGUUCCCGCCCUCAGUUCCCUCCCUCAGUUCCCGCCCUCAGUUCCCUCCAUCAGUUCCCUCCCUCAGUUCCCUCCCUCAGUUCCCUCCCUCAGUUCCCUCCCUCAGUUCCCUCCCUCAGUUCCCUCCCUCAGUUCCCGCCCUCAGUUCCCUCCCUCAGUUCCCUCCCUCAGUUCCCUCCCUCAGUUCCCUCCCUCAGUUCCCUCCCUCAGUUCCCUCCCUCAGUUCCCUCCCUCAGUUCCCUCCCUCAGUUCCCUCCCUCAGUUCCCUCCCUCAGUUCCCGCCCUCAGUUCCCUCCCUCAGUUCCCUCCCUCAGUUCCCGCCCUCAGUUCCUCCCUCAGUUCCCUCCCUCAGUUCCCGCCCUCAGUUCCCGCCCUCAGUUCCCUCCCUCAGUUCCCGCCCUCAGUUCCCUCCAUCAGUUCCCUCCCUCAGUUCCCUCCCUCAGUUCCCUCCCUCAGUUCCCUCCCUCAGUUCCCUCCCUCAGUUCCCUCCCUCAGUUCCCUCCCUCAGUUCCCUCCCUCAGUUCCCUCCCUCAGUUCCCUCCCUCAGUUCCCUCCCUCAGUUCCCGCCCUCAGUUCCCUCCCUCAGUUCCCUCCCUCACUUUUCGCCCUCAGUUCCCUCCCUCAGUUCCCUCCCUCAGUUCCCUCCCUCAGUUCCCUCCCUCAGUUCCCUCCCUCAGUUCCCUCCCUCAGUUCCCUCCCUCAGUUCCCGCCCUCAGUUCCCUCCCUCAGUUCCCUCCCUCAGUUCCCGCCCUCAGUUCCCGCCCUCAGUUCCCUCCCUCAGUUCCCGCCCUCAGUUCCCUCCAUCAGUUCCCUCCCUCAGUUCCCUCCCUCAGUUCCCUCCCUCAGUUCCCUCCCUCAGUUCCCUCCCUCAGUUCCUCCCUCAGUUCCCUCCCUCAGUUCCCUCCCUCAGUUCCCUCCCUCAGUUCCCUCCCUCAGUUCCUCCCUCAGUUCCCGCCCUCAGUUCCCGCCCUCAGUUCCCUCCCUCAGUUCCCUCCCUCAGUUCCCUCCCUCAGUUCCCGCCCUCAGUUCCCGCCCUCAGUUCCCUCCUCCCUCAGUUCCCUCCUCCCUCAGUUCCCUCCCUCAGUUCCCGCCCUCAGUUCCCUCCCUCACUUUUCGCCCUCAGUUCCCUCCCUCAGUUCCCUCCCUCAGUUCCCUCCCUCAGUUCCCUCCCUCAGUUCCCUCCCUCAGUUCCCUCCCUCAGUUCCCUCCCUCAGUUCCCGCCCUCAGUUCCCUCCGUCAGUUCCCUCCGUCAGUUCCCUCCCUCAGUUCCCUCCUCCCUCAUUGCCCUCCUCCCUCAGUUCCCUCCCUCAGUUCCCGCCCUCAGUUCCCGCCCUCAGUUCCCGCCCUCAGUUCCCUCCAUCAGUUCCCUCCCUCAGUUCCCUCCCUCAGUUCCCUCCCUCAGUUCCCUCCCUCAGUUCCCUCCCUCAGUUCCCUCCCUCAGUUCCCUCCCUCAGUUCCCUCCCUCAGUUCCCUCCCUCAGUUCCCUCCCUCAGUUCCCUCCCUCAGUUCCCUCCCUCAGUUCCCUCCCUCAGUUCCCUCCCUCAGUUCCCUCCCUCAGUUCCCUCCCUCAGUUCCCUCCCUCAGUUCCCUCCCUCAGUUCCCUCCCUCAGUUCCCUCCCUCAGUUCCCUCCCUCAGUUCCCUCCCUCAGUUCCCGCCCUCAGUUCCCUCCGUCAGUUCCCUCCGUCAGUUCCCUCCCUCAGUUCCCUCCUCCCUCAUUGCCCUCCUCCCUCAGUUCCCUCCCUCAGUUCCCGCCCUCAGUUCCCGCCCUCAGUUCCCUCCCUCAGUUCCCGCCCUCAGUUCCCUCCAUCAGUUCCCUCCCUCAGUUCCCGCCCUCAGUUCCCUCCAUCAGUUCCCUCCCUCAGUUCCCUCCCUCAGUUCCCUCCCUCAGUUCCCUCCCUCAGUUCCCUCCCUCAGUUCCCUCCCUCAGUUCCCUCCCUCAGUUCCCUCCCUCAGUUCCCUCCCUCAGUUCCCUCCCUCAGUUCCCUCCCUCAGUUCCCUCCCUCAGUUCCCUCCCUCAGUUCCCUCCCUCAGUUCCCUCCCUCAGUUCCCUCCCUCAGUUCCCUCCCUCAGUUCCCUCCCUCAGUUCCCUCCCUCAGUUCCCUCCCUCAGUUCCCUCCCUCAGUUCCCUCCCUCAGUUCCCUCCCUCAGUUCCCGCCCUCAGUUCCCUCCCUCAGUUCCCUCCCUCAGUUCCCUCCCUCAGUUCCCUCCCUCAGUUCCCUCCCUCAGUUCCCUCCCUCAGUUCCCUCCCUCAGUUCCCUCCCUCAGUUCCGUCCCUCAGUUCCCUCCCUCAGUUCCCGCCCUCAGUUCCCUCCCUCAGUUCCCUCCCUCAGUUCCCGCCCUCAGUUCCCUCCCUCAGUUCCCGCCCUCAGUUCCCGCCCUCAGUUCCCUCCCUCAGUUCCCGCCCUCAGUUCCCUCCCUCAGUUCCUCCCUCAGUUCCCUCCCUCAGUUCCUCCCUCAGUUCCUCCCUCAGUUCCUUCCCUUUCCUCUCUCUCCCACCGCCACAUGGGCGCGUGACAGUAACCACUAGCAGUCGGUGGCUCCCUGGUGAUAGAGGAGACAGAGGGCCUGUCAUGACAAUGUCUCUUUUUCCUCUUAGCAGUGUCUUGUAUCAUGCUCCCACUGAUGCCACACCCUCAAUGUUUCUCUUGCCCACCUCCAAAACCCCCUACCUCCCUCUCCCCUUCCCUCUCCAGCUGCUGUGCUUGCUGGCAGAGGCCAAGGCGAAGUUGGACGCAGCGGGGCGGGUGGAGGGGAUAGUAAAGGACGCGGAGAGGGUGAGGAAGGAGGCGGAGAACGGGGAGGCUGAGGUGCAGGAGCUAGAGUACCGCCUUGACACGCUCUCCCAGGCCAUGCGCUCCCUGGCUGAUGUCAAUGCUGACCUAGCUGCUGCUGAAGAGAAGAGGGAUGCAGCAGCAGGCGAUGUGGAGAGGCUAAGGGAGGAGCAUGCAGCACUGAAGGACGAGGCAGCAGCGGCCAGCAACAGGUGGCGGGGGGCGCGGGAGGAGAGGACGCAGAUGGCUCUGAGAGUGGCGCGGCGGAGGGAGAUGGAGGAGGAGGUGGGGCAGCUGGAGGUGGCGAUUGAGGGGAGCAAGCUGGAGAUACAGUAUAAAAGCUUUAUAAAAGCUUCCUGCUCCUCAAAAAAGGAGCAGCGGCUGGCGGAAGCAUCAAAGAGGCUGCAGCAGUCGCAGGUGCGGCAGGCGAGCAACGAGCAGCGCCUGGAGCAGGAGAGCGCGAAGGAGGUGGAGGAGAGGGAGAUGCUGCGUAACCAGGAUGUUGUGAAGCGCAAUGUGGAGGCGAUUCUGGUGUUCCGAGGCAUGGAGAGUCAGUCUUUAAAGGAGCAGCGGCUAGCAGAAGCAUCCAAAAGGCUGCAGCAGUCGCAGGCGCGGCAGGCGAGCAACGAGCAGCAGAUUCAGCAGCUGAGCGCAAAGCAGGUGGAGGAGAGGGAGAUGCUGCGCAACCGGAAUGCUGUCGGCUACAUCGCCUCGAACAAGGAGCAACGUCUGGUGGAAGCAUCGAAGCGGCUGCAGCAGUCGCAGGUGCGGCAGGCGAGCAACGAGCAGCGCCUGGAGCAGGAGAGCGCGAAGGAGGUGGAGGAGAGGGAGAUGCUGCGCAACCAGGAUGCUGUGAAGCGCAAUGUGGAGGCGAUUCUGGUGUUUCGGGGCAUGGAGAGGGAGGAGGAGGGGGUGAGGCGAGAGGUGGAGAGGCUGAGGGAGGAGAUGGGGCGAGUGGGGAGGGUGGGGGAGUUGGAGGAGGAGGUGAGGGCGGUGAGGGAGGAGAUCGAUGGGCUUGCUGCUGAGCAAAACCACAGCCGGGGUAAGGUGGCAGCGCAUGAGGCGAGCAUCCGACGCGCAGAGAUAGAGCUGAGGGCGCCUCAGUUCAGAGACAUUGAAAGCCGGCACAAGAAGCAGCUCAUCCAGCUCAAGACAUCAGAGAUGGCAAACCGGGACAUUGAUAAAUACUAUAAUGCUCUGGACAAGGCUCUGAUGCGGUUCCAUGCGAUGAAGAUGGAGGAGAUCAACAAGAUCAUCAAGGAGCUGUGGCAGCAGACGUACCGAGGCCAGGACAUUGACUACGUUGAGAUUCGCUCCGAUGCGGAAGGAGCGGGGACACGCUCAUACUCCUACCGGGUGGUGAUGCGUAGUGGUGAUGCUGAGCUGGACAUGCGUGGACGAUGCAGUGCUGGCCAAAAGGUGCUGGCAUCUCUCAUCAUCCGCCUUGCACUGGCGGAGACCUUUUGCCUCAACUGCGGCAUUCUCGCUUUGGAUGAGCCGACCACCAACCUUGACGCUCCCAAUGCUGAGAGCCUUGCAAGGGCCUUAAACAGCCAGCUAGCACAGCAAUUCCCAAGGGAGCUCACGGACCAGGCAGCGACGCACGCCCAAUUCCCGGGGGAGACACAUUUGCCCGUUUUCCCCUUUCCCUGGUGCUGCCUGCCCUCGCGCUGCUCACUGGGUUCUGCUGGUGCUGCUGAGCCUUGCUCUCUCGGGAUUCCCUGA